UUUUUUUUCUUUGUUGUCUUUGGUUUCCAAUGGGUGGCGAUUGCAUAUAGACUUUUGGCCUUGUUUUCUUUGUGACAUUCAUUUCCCCCCUUGAGAGCAAUCUCGCAACACAAAGCAAACACCAUCUUCACCAUGAAAUUGCUCUUCUUGUUAAACACACUCAUUUUAUCUGCCGCGCUCUCCUCUUCGACUGUCAUUGUCACUAUUACUGCCGCGCCGGCGAUCCCCUCCAACGAGCCCUCCUUCUCCAUCCCCUCAUCUUUUACAUCCGCAAUUCUUAAUUCAACAAACACCUACCGGCGCCAAUACAACGCUUCUUCACUCUCUUGGAACACUACACUCGAGAAAUUCGCCACGUCAUACCUCCAAUCAGACACGACUUGUCGUUUUGCUCACUCGGGCGGCCCUUACGGAGAGAAUCUAGCUAUAGGGUACGCGAACGCCACGGCAUCGGUGGAGGCGUGGGGGAACGAGGAAGAAAAGUAUAACUUCAACGACCCUGGUUUCUCGGAGGAGACGGGGCACUUUACGCAGCUGGUUUGGAAGACUACGACGACGGUGGGUUGUGGGAGAAAGCUGUGCGGGACUAGGGGCUGGUUUGUGGUUUGUGAGUAUUGGCCGAGGGGGAACGUAGGAGGGGAAUAUGGAGAGGAGGUUGACAGGAAUAUAGAUGAAAGAGGAGGAGGAGGGACGAGAUUGAGUGGUCCUGUAGUUGCGGCUGUGGCUGUGGUGGCGAGCUUGGUUCAGUGCUGUGUGGUAAUAGUCGUCUUUUGGUGGUUUGGAAAAGCCAAGCUGUGAUGCUGUCAACAGGCGAGAAGGGUUUUUUUCAUAAUUUUCCUAGCAAUUUUAUAGACCUUCGUGCGAUUCAAAUCACACGUAUACAAACGCCAUAGACGGAUGGUAUAAUGGUCCAUUAAGAAGCGAACAC